AUGCUGCCGACAACCAACCAGCAAGCGGCCAACAUGGCCAACAUGGGCCCGGACGUCUUCUUCAAGUCUGCAGAUAUGUGGUACAGAUCCUUUCGAAACUCCACGAUCUACGGACAACUCCGAAUCAUCGCGGCCAUUUGCUUUGGCUUCGUGGUCCUCUUCUUCCUGCUGGGGGGUGGAGGCCCGGCGACGGGCGUGCACUCGGAGCACCGGGAGGGGGAGGACCGCGCAUCGGAGGGUCUGAUGGAGGCCACGGAGAUCCUGCAGUCGCGCAAUCCUCCCAUGGUCUCUGCUCCGCUGCCCGCCAUGCUGUACGUGGUGGCUUUAGUGGCCCUGGGCGGCUUGGCCUUUGCUGCCUGGCUGGCAGCUUGGGUCCUGGGCAAGGACGAGGGCGACGAGAAGAUGAGGCAAGUCUCCGAUGCCAUCCGGGAAGGGGCCGCCGGGUUUCUCUCCACGCAGUACGCGAGCAUCUUCAAGCUCGCGGUGGUGGUGCUGGUGGGCAUCUUCCUGAUGUACCUCCUCAGGGAGCCGCCCAAAAACUUGCCGCAGGUGGCCUCCUCGAGGCUGGCGCUCUGCGUGGCCGUGUCCUUCGCCACCGGCUGCAUCCUCUCAGGCGUGGCCGGCUACGUAGGGAUGUGGGUGGCCGUGCGAUCCAACGUCCGCGUGGCCUCGGCGGCCUGCCGCUCCUUUCAGGAGGCGAUCGACGUCGGCCUUCGCGCCGGCGCGUUUAGCGGAGUUCUUGUCGUUUCGAUGGUGCUGUUGGGCAUCAUCGCGCUCUUGUUUGGAGUGCGGCUGGUGGUACCCGCAGCGUUGCACCAGUUGCCAUUCCUUCUCGUUGGAUAUGGCUUUGGGGCCUCCUUCGUUGCGCUCUUUGCCCAGCUGGGCGGCGGGAUCUACACAAAGGCUGCAGAUGUUGGCGCCGACAUGGUGGGCAAGGUGGAGGCAGACAUCCCGGAGGAUGACCCGCGCAAUCCGGCCGUCAUCGCUGAUUUGGUCGGAGACAACGUGGGAGACUGUGCCGGGCGCGGCGCGGACUUGUUUGAAUCGAUCGCCGGGGAGAUUCUGGCUGCCAUGAUUUUAGGCGGCACCCUGUCACAGCAGCUGCCACCCGACGCACGAAGCGGCUACGUGCUCUUCCCUUUGGCAAUCCAUGCCAUGGACCUGAUCGUGAGCGGGAUCGGCAUCAUGAUGACGGAGGCCCCAAAGGGCAAGGGCAUCAAGGGCAUCGAUCCCAUGGAAGUCUUGAAGAGUGGCUACAAGGUGUCAGUUGGCCUUGCAGCCGUGGGCAUCGUCGUACUGUGCAGGCUUCUCCUGUACACGGAGGAGCACCCGACUGCCUGGAUGAAUUUCUCAGUGUGCGGUCUGGUUGGACUGGGCACGGCGUUUCUCUUCAUCCUUGUGACGCAGUACUACACGGAUUUCAACUUCCCGCCAGUUAGGCAGAUAGCACAGGCCAGUGUCACCGGGCACGGCACGAAUGUCAUCGCCGGCAUGUCCGUGGGGAUGCGGGCCACGGCGGCGCCCGCCGGCAUCAUCUGCGUAGCGCUGCUCUGCUCCUACAAGACGGGCAUGGCGGCUUUCGGCGGAUCUGCAAGUGCCGGGCUCUUCGGCACUGCCGUGGCCACCAUGGGCAUGCUGUCGACGGUUGUCUUUGUGCUGGCAAUGGACGUCUUCGGCCCCAUCACCGACAACGCCGGUGGCAUCGUGGAGAUGAGCGAGCAGCCGGAGAGCGUGCGAAACAUCACGGACAGCUUGGAUGCCGUGGGCAACACGACCAAAGCCAUCACCAAGGGCUUCUCCGUGGGCUCGGCGAGCCUGGCGUGCUUCCUCCUCUUCUCGGCCUUCUUGGACGAGGUUUCCGAGCUGGCUGGCCAAAAAGUGGGAGCCGUGGACAUUUCGGUGCCCGAGGUCUUCCUCGGCGGCAUCGCGGGUGCCACGCUGGUCUUCUACUUCAGCGGGCAGUGCAUGACGGCGGUCGGCUCCGCGGCGCAGGAGGUGGUGAACAACGUGCGGACGCAGUUCCGGGAGAGGCCCGGGAUCAUGGACGGCUCGCAGAAGCCCGACUAUGCCUCGUGCGUCUCCAUCGUCACCAAAGCAGCGCUCCGAGAAAUGGUUGCGCCAGGCAUCGUGGCAACCACUGUGCCUCUCUGCGUAGGCUUCUUCUUCAGAGUGGCCUCAAGCGGAAACGACCGGCUGAUUGGCGCGAAAGCCAUCGCCAGCUUCCCAGUGGGUCCCAGUGCCUUCAGAGUGUGUUGUUCAAUUGAGUAUCCUGUAAAUACCUCGUAA